AUGGCGUCUACCCCCGCCACAAACGACGCGCCUCGGUCACCCAGAGGAGAUCCUGAGGCCGAUGCGGAAGGGGAAUCAGAUGAUGGAAUCGAAUACAACGAAGAUAAUGACGAAAAAAUCAUUAGCGGAAUCAUUUCAGGGACAAUUACCGCUGGUGAUGACCCGCACGCCUUCGGCUUUGGCGACACGGUUGGGAAGCUCGACGAUGCAAUCGACUACGAAGAUAUCUCAGAUGAUGACCUCCCCUCUGAAGGCGAGCCAAGCGGCAACAACAAUAUCGGUGGCAACGAGGAAGUAGGAGAGGAUGGCAUUGCCGGGGAUGAAUUCGAUGAGCUAUUUAACGACAUGGGCGAUGAAGCACCCAUCACCGGUGCUGAUGCUUCAGGGGAGUUGGGAGGCCUUGAGGGUAUGGACCUGGAUUUCAUGGCGCAGGAGGUGCUUAUUGGUGCGCCGGAGAUGGAUAUCGGUCAGACAGCCAAUGAAGAUAUGACGGGCCUGGAUAUGGAUCUUGGGGUGCCGGUAGAGGGGUCUCCCGGGGAGAAGCGAGCUACAACACAGGAGCUCGUUAAAAGAUAUUUUCCGGAACUCGAUCUCAAAGCUAGGCUAUCCUUCAAUCAUCUCUUUGGGCCAAAACCGCAGAGGCUAGCCAUGGGUCCGCCCAAGCCGCCAAAAGUCAUUGUGCCCACAAAGUUAGCUAUAGUAUUCGCACCGUCCGAUGAAACAGCGUUUAACAAACCCUACACUGGAAGGAAUAUGGCCAAGAAAGCGGAAGAGAGACCGGGGAUCAUUAUUGUGCCCCAAGAGCCGGAGGAUAGUGAACAGAGUGACACCGAGGUCGGGGAUCCUAUAGAUUGGAACUCGUCUCUCGAACGGAGUAUAAUGAUGGCUUGCAAUGAUUGGGAAAGCAAGAUGGAUAUGAUCAUGGGGCCUACUCCGCCACCCACUCCGCCGGGUGAAGCUCUAGAAGACGACGGCCAGGAUGCAGAGGAAAUCAAUCGCAGGCCGCUAAAGGUUCGCUGUCUGAUCGUUUCUAGUUCCCCCUUUUUCCGCAAGCUUACUGGUUCAUUCAUUCUUCUCUAGCGUGCGAGACUCGCGAGCUCUUUUCUCGACAGUCUGCCCGAUUCGUGGCUUGCUGACAAUGUCAUUCUUGAGGGAAAUCUGGCUGCCAUUGCGAGCCAUGUCACACUUGACCUUAACGAUCCACACCUCUUGGUAGACAUUCGCCAACCUAAUGAGAUAAGGCCAGCGAAACGUAUCGGCGGCGAAUUCAAGCGUCGUAUUAAUAAAGACUUAGCACAAAGAUAUAACAUAAGCAACGACGAAGCUUAUGACUUGCUGAAAGGAAAUCUUCAAAAUAAGGUUAGAAGUGCGAUCGGCCAGUUGGAUAUCGAACACAGUAUGCCCGCUCUGAGGUUACAGUCACCAUACGUGAGUCCUCACUUGCCCCAUUUGAUAUAUAUAUAUGUUGCGGUUCUCAUUCGUAUACAGUACAAAACCAAACUCUCCACUAAAGAGGCCCGCUCGUUCCACCGCCCUGGUUUGCAUUUUAACGUCAACUAUGAGAUUCGUUUCUCCAAGAUCAAACCGCGCAAGAAGAAGACAUAUCGUGGAAAAGAUGUUCAGUCCGUCCUAAAAAUAACUAAGGAUUUAUCUCUAAUGGACGGCUGUAAUUUCAUUCUUCUGGAAUACUCUGAGGAAUACCCAUUUGUAAUGUCUAACUUCGGAAUGGGGAGCAGGCUUAUCAACUACUACCGGCGUAAGGGUCCUGAUGAUGAGUCUCGCCCAAAGUGCGAGAUUGGUGAAACCCAGGUUCUCAUGAGCCAGGACAGGUCUCCUUUCUGGAACUUUGGAACUGUCGAUCCCGGAGAGACCGUGCCAACACUUUAUAACAAUAUGGUUCGGGCGCCCAUUUUCAAGCAGAAUCCCAAACCUACUGAUUUUCUUGUUAUCCGCAAUACACAAGCCAACCAGAGUCACUACUACCUGCGUAAUAUUCCGAAUCUCUUUGUGGUUGGGCAAUUGCUGCCAGUGACAGACGUUCCUGGCCCCCACUCUAGAAAGGUCACCACUGCGGCAAAGAAUAGGCUUAAGAUGGUUUGCUAUCGUGUCGUCAAGCGCAAACCAGAAAAAGCUAUCAUUCUAAAGGAUAUCGCCGAACAUUUUCCAGAGAAUAACGAAAUGCGUCAAAAGAUGAAAGAGUUCAUGAGUUACAAUAAGCCUAAGGGGGUUUGGGAGAUGAACGCCGGCGAGGUAGUUCCGGACGAAUCGGUCAUCAGGACAAUGGUUAAGCCCGAGGAUUUGUGUCUGCUGGAAGCUAUGCAAGUCGGUGUUCGUCAUCUCGCGGACUCUGGAUAUUCAAAGACGGUGGAUGAUGAAGUCGACGAUGAUGACAAGGAGGGCAUGAGCUUGGAGCAACAGUUAACUCCUUGGGUUUCUACAAAGAACUUUAUCAACGCUACGUCCGGGAAAGCUAUGUUGCAGCUGCACGGUGAAGGGGAUCCCAGUGGCCGUGGCGAGGCAUUCUCGUUUGUGAAGACAAGCAUGAAGGGUGGGUACAAGCCAGUUGGUGAAAGCGUCGAGGAAAAGAUGGACAAACAGCGCCUCAAGGAGUUGGGCGGGCAUGCAUACAACGUCGCUCGCCAACAGCAGAUGUAUGAAGCUGCCAUAGACCAGAUCUGGAGAGCCCAGCAUCGGAGCCUCAGUUCCCAGGUGGAGCCAGAGAUGCCAGAUGCCGAGUUUGAGGACGCACACAAUGACCAUCAUGAGGACCUUCUGGAAGAAGGAAGGACCCCGAGGUCUGAGGCUGUUCCUCCAAGUCCAUGGCUAAAUAACGUUGAUGUUGAUGAGACCAUGAGUCAGUUCUCCAGGUUUUCCGCGACCAACCGCCGGAAUAAAGUUCUUAGGGUCCAGAGGAAGUUUAGGGGACCAAAUGGUGGCGUUGAAACGAGAUCUGAAAUCAUCCGGGACCCGAAGGUUAUUCGCCAGUAUCUCCAGAGGAGAAGAGAGCUUGACGCCGAGAAGACGCAGUAUGUAUGGCCUAACCGUAUUCACGCUUUUGGGAGAAUUAAUGUUUGCUGCAGAGUCGAAAACUUAGUUCCGACUGGUAACGAAGACGAAGACCAGCAAUCCCGCAAAAGGUGCUAUAUCUUCCAUCCACCCAUCCCUCCGAAGGCACAAAAGUAUCAAGACUAACAUCUCCCUGCAGACUGGUCCAAGAACUUAAGCGCUUGGAGCGCAAUAAAGAGCGCCGUGAAGCGCGCGAGCGCGACAAGGGCAAGCGCGUCGGCAGUUUUGCUGGCGACGCCAUGUCCCCCGAAUCUGCCGCAACGCCCGGCUCCCCCAUGCCCUCAGUCAGCAUGCAGUCCGUUGUUACACCCACGACUGCUGGACCGCUCUUGUCUAACAGCAAGGUGGCUACCGUUAGGAAGUGCAAGAAUUGCGGACAGGUAGGGCAUAUCAGGACUAACAAAAAGGUUUGUCCGAAGCUCAAUGGACAGUGGGCGGAACUCGGCAUGAGUCCGCCGGAUGGUAAUACUCCGGUGCCCGUGGGAACCCCGGGUUCCUAGAAGAGGACGUGGGGUGGGUGGGGACACUGGCCCUCAUGAUAGCUAAAAUUCUUGCUUGCCUGUGGAAAAGGAGGUGGUAUAUCACUUACUACAUACAGCUAGAAUUACCAUAGUUAAAUUUGAUAGCCUAUCUUCUUUCCUCACCCCCUCUUUUAUAGUUUCCCUCACUCCUCUUCUCCCCCGAGACUUCAUCCCUAUUUCUAUUGCUAGGUUACUUGAUCCAGUUUUGCCGUCCGGCUUUCUUCCUUCCUUACCUCCACCCUUUCUCGUCCCUCUCCAUCAUUACGGGAGUAGUGUAUAAAGUUCCAUUAUUGGGAGUUUUUCUCUCUUUCUUUUUAUUCCCUUCCCCUUUUUUUCUUCCUCGGGAAAGGAGAAUUAUCUCAACUUCGGCGUUGGUUCGUUUUGCUUUUCUUUGCUUGGGAUUAUUUUGUGUGGCGGUUUCUUCCUGUGUACACCGUCUGUGCAUACCGACUAGUGGUUACUAAAUAAUGGCUUUCUUUCUCCUG